AUGGGAAUACGGAUCUUUCUGAAAGGCAGCUUAUUCAUGAAGUGCUCGCUAGAAAUCCUCGGCGAUCAAGUCAACCUCGGCGAAGAUCUCGACCUCGACACAGGAAUCUACAAAAGAAGAACGGUAGACAAUCACCGAACAAGUCACAUGAUUCAGCCGUCCUUUCUGACCGGAGUGAGGAUCAGAAUCUCCUUUCUAACGGACGAAACAUGCAAAGUCCGACAAUUCUCAUUCUUCGCGAAUGACAAGGAAAACAAAUCAAAACACUUGGCGACUUUCAAAGCGCCAAAAACAACGAACACGUGGGUGACUUAUGCUUUUUCAAAAGUCAUGCAUACCUGGUCUGUUCAGGUCGAGCCAAAAAUCGACUUUAAACUUGGAUCAGACGCUGUCGUCAGGAUAAAAUACCAAUUUCUCGGAUAUUUCGAUAAGGGUUACUCUAUUGGAGAAAAUACUGAAGGAACAAUUAGACUUGAAACUUACUGA